GGAGGCGGGCGAGGUCGGUGUCCCAGCGGCCGCGGGGCGCACGCCGGCUCUUAGAAGCCACGGAGGCCGGGGUCAGGGGCCGGGCCGGAGCGGCUGUGCGUAGCCGGUCGUAGCAGCAGCAGCAGCAGCCGCCGGAGGGAUAUUAGAAAUGGCUACUCCCCAGUCAGUUUUCACCUUUGCAAUCUGCAUUUUAAUGAUAACGGAAUUGAUUUUGGCCUCAAAAAGUUACUAUGAUAUCUUGGGUUUGCCAAAGUCGGCAUCAGAGCGCCAAAUCAAGAAGGCCUUUCACAAGUUGGCCAUGAAGUACCACCCGGACAAAAACAAGAGCCCUGACGCGGAAGCGAAGUUCCGAGAGAUCGCGGAAGCAUAUGAAACGCUCUCAGAUGCUAACAGGCGGAGGGAGUAUGACACUCUGGGACACAGUGCUUUCACUGAUGGUAAAGGACCCAGAGGUAGUGGAAGUCCUUUCGAGCAGUCGUUUAACUUCAACUUUGAUGACCUCUUCAAAGACUUUGGUUUUUUUGGUCAAAACCAAAACACCCAGUCCAAGAAGCAUUUUGAAAACCACUUCCAGGCACGCCAGGAUGGUUCCAGCAGACAGAGGCAUCAUUUCCAAGAGUUUUCUUUUGGAGGUGGACUCUUUGAUGACAUGUUCGAAGACAUGGAGAAAAUGUUUUCGUUCAGUGGCUUUGACACCACCAGUCGGCACACGGUACAGACUGAAAACAGGUUCCAUGGAUCCAGCAAGCACUGCAGGACUGUCACUCAGCGCAGGGGGAACAUGGUCACGACGUACACAGACUGCUCGGGGCAGUAGUGCCGCCUCUCCCUGCUCUCACUAGGCCCGACGGGUCGACUGCUCUUCAGUCUCUCUGACGCAAAGCAAUUUUCUGUGAACCCUUUGACAAGUGCAUGAUUUCAGUUGAUAUAGCUGUUAACUAUAUUUAAAUUGUUUUUGACAAAUUAACAUUCAGUUAGUAGAGAAAUAGCUAAUUAUUAAUUUCCCCGACUAAGAAAGGUUCUUGAAAAAAACCUAAUUCUGCCUGGUAUUUUUCUCCACCUGCCCCUGGGCUUAUUAAUGUGGCCAGUUUUAUUACCAAGAAAAGAAUGAGUUUGCCCGAUAACAUAUUUAAAGGUUAAACUUGUAAGUCUGGUUUAAAUUGUGUGAACGGAAGUGAUUUUUUGCAGUGAAACCUUGGCUAACUUACAAUUGCAUGGUCUGCAGCCUCGCUGAUGUGGGUUGCUGCGGGUACGUGGAACUGUACGUAAUGUGUCAUUCAGCAGCAGGCAGCGGCACCUUGGUACAUUUCCACUGACAGCUGCAGAAAGGCGUGGCUUCAUGUCUAUCCCAGAGCCGUGCCUUUCUGUAGUCAAAUUGGACUAAAGGAAAUGCCUGUAUUGCUCAUAGUCAUUUAGGCUAAAGGAAAGUUGAAAACUUUUGAAAUAUUGCCAAGAGAUUGUUACAUGUUUGGCCCCUGGCUGAUGAUUUUCUAAUGUUGGAAUCAGAGCUGCUUUACAUAUUUUUCACAUUUCUUUCUUAAUUGUUGGCUCUGUCUGUCUUACUAUGGAUUUACGUAUUUUUUUGUGUGUGGUUCCUCCCCUGCACUCAUCUUCAUCUAGAAUUUGACUAAUACCUCAUUCUGUUUGUCAAAAACAGCCAGUAAUUUCUACGCAACCUUAUUACGUGCAAUAUUUUUAAAUCCUAAGAAGUGUGUGCUUUUGUUUUCAGAUAGACUUAUUUCUCUAGCUCCGCACUUUCCCACGUUAUACUCCAUACGAGUAUUAAUCCUAUGGAUGCAUAUACGAGUAGUAAACGUCUCAUACAACAUUGUAUGUGAGUGAGAGAAAUACAAUAUUUACGAUGGGA